UUUAUUUGCUGCCUCCCCCUUUUUUUCUCCCCACCCAAGUACACAUUUCCAGAAGAAAUUCCUGAGUUCAGAGAGAGAGAGAAAAAGAGAGAAGAACGCGUCUACAUUCAUGUGUUUAUUCUAAUGAUAACGAUGUCUGUGGAGGGGAGGCUGGGGGCCAGGCUGGUGCCCUGCUGUGUGUGGCUGGGGCUGCUGUGUCUCCUGUCCACCCUGCCCUGUUCCUGGUCCCAGGACCCCCUUAACGUUGGGGACCCCGUGGAUGCAGAUCAGGGUGCCUUCCAACCACAGAGUGCACUGUCUGACAUGGAGUUCUCUUCCAUUGCCUCCUACCGCGGCCCCGGCAACAAUGACUCACGUGGCAACAAGGACCUGCCCAUCCUGUUGUGGUGGAGUGGAGGACUCUUCCCUCAUUUCCCCGGAGACACAGAACGCAUCGACUGUCACACCUCCUCUUGUCUGGUCACACGCAAUAGGAAGGUUCAACUGUACCGACGUACCUCCUCCAUCAUCUUCUAUGGGACAGACUUCAGGGCCUACGAGGCUCCUCUUCCCAGACCCUCUCACCAGACCUGGGCCUUAUUCCACGAGGAGUCCCCCAUGAACAACUACGUCCUGUCCCACAGCCCAGGCAUCAGGCUGUUUAACUACACCGCCACCUUCAGGAGAGGCUCAGACUACCCUCUGACCCUGCAGUGGCUGCCCUCCCUGGGAUACCUGCUCCAGCCUGUAGCCGUGUCUCUGGAGCAGAAGAACCACUGGAGGAGAGAGGGUCUGGCCCCCAUCAUGUACAUGCAGUCACACUGUGACGUCCCCUCUGACAGGGACAGAUACGUACAGAAACUCAUGAAGUACAUAGAGGUGGACUCGUAUGGGAAAUGUCUGAACAGUAAGCCCCUCCCUCAGUACCUGGAGGACACAAGUACGGCCACAGGGGAGGACGCCGGCUUUAUGAGCUUCACGGCACGCUACAAGUUCCACCUGGCCCUGGAGAACGGCCUGUGUCAGGACUACAUGACUGAGAAGCUAUGGCGCCCUCUCCACCAGGGCUGUGUACCAGUCUACCGCGGCUCCUCAUCAGUAGCUGACUGGAUGCCCAACGACCUCUCUGUCAUCCUUAUUGAUGACUUCCCAUCACCUCAGGACCUAGCCAAGUUCCUCAAGGCGUUGGAUGAGAACGAUGAAGAGUAUGCUAAGUAUUUACAGUUUAAGAAGCCGAGCCACGUUACCAACGUUGGCCUGUUGGAGGCACUGGAGAGCAGGGAGUGGGGUGUGAACGACAUGAGCAAACCCAACUACCUCAACGGCUUUGAGUGCUAUGUCUGUGACCAGGAGAAUACCAGACUGGCAGCUGAACGGGCUUAUAGGAAAGCCCCAGAGAAGAGCCCGCCCCCCCAGCCUAAGAUGGCCAAUAAUUCUCAUAUGGGAUGUCCUCUACCCAGCCCAGGGUUUGGAGACCGUCAGGAUCUACACAUCAAUGACAGCUGGGUCCAGAUGUGGCCGCAGGACUACUGGCAGAGCUUAGAUCAGGCUGAAGGAUUGGAGUCUCUCAUCAGACAUAACGAGUCAGACCCUGCACUGCUCUGGCAUCACAUCCAGGAGUUGGCUAUGAGGAGGGCCAGAGGACAGGCAUAACUAGUCGAACCCUACACUGCUGAGGAACCACAUACAGUAGGAGAGCCAGAGGUAACUGAGAAAGUUCCUUAUUGCCAGUGUUUUUUGACAGAAAGAGGACAAGGAAAGAAAGCCAUCUAUUUGUCUAGAAACUUGCACCCCUUAACCAGUGGGGGUGUGGCCAAAGUGGAUCCGCAAACCAGAGAGAUGUGGACCAGCAAUAAGAAUCAAUGAACUGAUACUGAACUAUCGGGAGUGUAGACUGUAAAGGAUAGAGAAGAUGUACAAAAAUAUAUAUAUACAGUACUGCUUUUUAAUGUUGUCCACUUGAGGUGCCUGGUAGCCUCAUCUGUGGCACAAAAGGGCCUAAUGUGUGUCCAAGUUACAGUAAUGUUUUGUUAUCUCAAACCUGUCGCCAAAUACUUGUCUUUUCAACACUCAAUAAUGUACAUUUUUUAUACUCUAUAUUUAUCAUGUUUAUAUAAAUCAAUUUUAUUGUUUUUCUGAGUCAAAGCGUCAAAGACAAUUUAAAAAAUAAAAAUUUGAUCGAAAA